AUGGGACCCCUGCGGUCCUGGCUCCCAGCAGCGCCCGCUCCGCCUGAGCCCGAGGCGGACUGCGUGAGUGGCGACUGGGAAUUCUUCUUGAAAGAUCGCCUGGUGCUCUGCCACCUGGAAGUGGCGCAGCGGCAAACCCCAGGUAGGGGGUCCGCGGCGGGGCCCUUCCCACGCGCACGAGAGGCCACGGACGCCACCUGCACCCGCGCUCAGCUGCUCUGCACCCUGAAGGCCCCAGGUGUAUCCCCUUCACUGGCACGAGGGGGAUUCACUAGCUUCUCUCCCUGGGUGGAAGACUGGUUAGCAGGUGCUCGUGGAGAGCGCCGGUUGGAAUUAGGGAACUCUGCUCAGGAUGAAAAGUGCGACGGGGUGGGGCGUGUUGAGAGCUGCAGGGCCUUUGAGAGAGUCGUGUUGUGGCUCCUGAGGCUUAAUAACAUCUUUAACUUCUCCCACAUCACUUUUAACUUGGCUGUCACUAGCUUCAGCGCCCUCUUGGUUUCAGUAAAGAUAAAAGAGAGGUUACUUCACUGAAUCAUAAUUACUUCCUUGAGACUUGCUGUAAAAAUUAAUGAAGAUGAGUUAAUUCCACAUGUAAAAGACUUCAUAAAGCACUAUGGCUCUGGCUAUUCCCCAAAUGAGCUGCUGAGGAUGGAGCUGGCUAUUCUGGACAAACUGCACUGGGACCUCUAUAUUGGGACGCCGCUGGAUUUCUUGAUUAUAUUCCAUACCCUGGUGCUCCUGAGCUGGCCCCGUGUGAAGGAGCUGAUACCUCAGAGGAAUCCUUCCCGCCACGUUGCAUCCCUGACCAGACAGCUGCAGCACUGUAUGGCAGGCCACCAGCUGCUGCAGUUCAAGGGCUCCACACUGGCCUUUGUCAUCAUCACCUUAGAGUUGGAGAGGCUCAUGCCCGACUGGUGGACUCCUACAUCUGAUCUGCUAAAGAAAGCACAGGUCAGUUUUGAGCAGUACAGACACUGCAAGGAACUUACAAAGCAGCAGCUGAGAAGUCUUUAGUCAUCUUCCCGCACAGAAAACUUGGUUUCACCUGCCAGCCAGCCCUUCUGCCCUGACCCGUGCCUUCACAGCAUAAAGGGACAGCUCCUUGCUUAG